ACUCUUGCGGUCCUCCCUCUUGUGUGAAGCACCAGCAGUCACAGGGUUGGGUGCAGCCGCAUGCUCCCUGGGAAUGAUUUGUCGCUGCUAUUAACGAUCACCCUCGCUCUCCGGAUUCUCUGAUCAGGAGAUCACAGUGACUCUUCCUAAGGGCUUGCCUUCGUAGCUGGGGACACCAUGUCUGACGAUUUUGGCUUCUUCUCCUCCUCUGAGGCUGGUGCUCCUGCAGAGACAGAGGAGGACCCUGCAGCUGCCUUCCUUGCCCAACAGGAAAGCGAAAUUGCUGGGAUAGAGAAUGACGAAGGCUUUGGGGCAGUCCUGGUAGGAGGCCAAGCUUCCCCGGAUUCACUGAUUGAAACAGUGGGAUUUGAUGACCUGGUGACAACCCCUGUAAAUGGAGACAUUUACCAGGAAUCUGACGGAUAUGCAGCAAUAGCCAAUGCUGACCGACUGACUCAGGAACCGGAAAGCCUCCGGAAAUGGAGAGAGGAGCAGAAGAUACGCUUGGAGGAGCUCGAUGCAGCUUCCAAGGUGACGGAGCAGGAGUGGAGAGAGAAAGCCAAGAAAGACCUAGAGGAGUGGUACCAAAGGCAGAGCGAACAGAUUGAAAAAAACAAGGUUUCAAACAGGAUUGUGGACAAAGCAUUUUACCAGCAGCCUAAUGCUGAGGUCAUUGGUUACGUAGCAUCUGAUGAAACCCUGGUCUCUGAGACUAAAGAUGAUGAGACUGGGACAGAAUGGGAAAGAGUUGCCCGGCUAUGUGACUUCAACCCUAAGAGCAGCAAGCAGUCAAAAGACGUGUCUCGCCUGCGAUCUGUACUCAUCUCCCUCAAGCAGACGCCCCUAUCUCGCUAAGCACCUCUUCAAGCUCACGUCACCUCCCUGCAUCACAUUAUACCAAAGAAACUAUCGCAAGAAGGAUCGGGCACUUGAUAUGAUGCCCUCAACAGGUCUCUAACACCUAUCUUUUAACCUGAGUGGAACUCACUCAACUACUGAACUGGGAACAUCUAAAUUAGUGAAGUUUCUAAUAUAUAAAAGUUCUGGUUUUUUAUUUUAUUGAAAAUGGGAAUAUGUGAUGAUGGGUGUAGGGAAGGGUUUGUUGGUGUAUCCUUUCCUUUGUGUCUUUGUGUGCCUGGCUUUAAAGACCGCUUGCUUAAAUGUUUCUCUUAAAGACCAGUUUGAAGAAGAAGGAUGUUUAAAUUGAAAUGUAUUGUUCCUCAACUUAGGAAAGGGAGUUAUAAAUCUAUGCACAGAUGUUGCACCAAGUCAUAACUGGCAGCUACACAAGUCGCACAAAUAACACAUUUUGACAAAUUAGAAACACAACAUGAAAAGCCAGAGGUACAGGAAAACCCUGAAAGAAAGUCUCUAGGCUCCAUACCCUAAAAGAUGUACUAAAGAGCUAAAUUAAAGGCAUAUUGUUUGGUGGUGCACGGGGAAAAUGCAGGUUUGGGAUACAAGGAGACAGGCAUGAUAUAGUCUAUAAUGAGUGGAGCUCUACCAGAAAUAGAUUGGGUCGACCCAAAAGUAGAUAGAACUAAGUCUCACUCCUUUUGCCUCCUACGUCACUCCCUGUGAAAGUGAUGUCUUAGGCUGGUGCCUUCUAUUCAUUAUGGGAAAUUUAGCCAUAACACCACAAAAUCCCUCUUAACUCUUUAUGUUACAGUUCCAGGAAUAAGACCCCCCCCCCCCCGGAACUAAUUGGUUGUACAAAUUAUUGUGGUUUAAAGGAUGGAAGUGUUUUACAUUAAGAAAGAAAUAAUCAAUAAGAAGUUUGAAAAUGUUUAAAAUAUGCAGGAACUUUAGUAUAUUUAAAUUUGUUAAUAUUAUCCUGUAUAAAUAAAAAAAAAAUUGGAUGGGGAGAGAGCUCUACCAUAAAAAAAAAAAUCUAAAACUGAAAUUUGGUUUGUUUCAGUUUUUAAUUAAACCAUUGUAGUGGUCUACAAAAAAAAGUUUUGUUAAUUAUUUGAGUAUACAUAUUGUAUUGCGGCACUACUAUGUGUAAUAAGCUAGGAUCUGUAAUGGAGUUAAUUUAUUUUUACAUAGUAUUGAUUUAAACCUUGCCCACGUGUGUAUGUACAUUUUCAGCAAUGUCAUUUGUAACCCUCCAUAGCUAACCAAGACUGAGAUCCUUUGCCUUUCGUUGCUCCUGCUUUUUAAAUUAGUUCCAUUCUGAAGAGUCAUUACUUGCUUUGCAGAAUUUCGAUAUAGUCCCUUAGUUUAAAUGUUAUAACAUUGUAUGGCGUAUGUUUCAUAUGAGCCCCCAAUCAUCAAUGUGGAAAAAAAACUAACUUUAAAGUGAAUUAAUUUUGUUAGAAAUCUUGCUUCAUUAAAAUAUGGUACUUUGGGAUUUAUUUUUAAUUGAUGUAAGAAAAUUAAUUUGAUUGACAUGAUACAAGAGAAGCAUCACCAGUUUUAUUUCAAUGUAUAAUCAAUUUAAUGUAACAGCCAAAUGUCAUUAGCUCUCUCUACCCAUUACCUAUAGCUAAUUAUCUCAAGAUAAAAGUCACAUUACCCACAGAAGAUAACUAGAUUACUCAUUUAUGAUGUCUGCUCUACACACUAAACUGAUACUAUUGUAUUUGUCCAUUUUAAGGAUGCUGGUUUAUUGCCUUGUAUAAGUAUUAAUUGUUCAGAAUUGAAGAUAAGCUAGAAAAAUUAUGAGUAAAAUUAAACGUUCAGAAUUUGACAAUUAUUCGAGCUUUUCAAACCCAGAUCCAGUUCCUUUGUGGUUCCGUGUUUUAAUUAAGUUUCAUAAAAUGUAUAAUAAUCAUAUGGGCAUUAAAGUGUGUUUAAAAUAAAUUGAAGAAUCAAAUUCGAGGAGGACAGAAAACAAAAUGCCACCUCACUUGAUUUGUCUCGAACGACUAAUUACAAAUUUGUCUUUUGAGGUCUAAUAAAUCAGGAAUGUGAUGCUGUAAACGCAUAGGUUUUUAGACGGGGUUAUUCACAUAAAUCAUGAAUUGACCAGUAAAGUUAGAAUUUUAGGCCAAAAUAGUCUAAUAGUAAAAGACCUCAAUAACUCUUUUUCUAUCGCAAGCUAUUUUAGCUUGACAUCUGCAUGUCACUGGUCAAUUUCUACCAAUUCGCAGCUUAGUGAAUAACUUGGAUUAGUCCUAACAUCGGCUGUACCGAUGGUGGGCAGUGGUUAGUGUUAUAAUGGUUUUAACUGGGAAAUAUAUAUUUUUUAAUGUUACUAUAAAAUACAGAUAGAUGUCUGGCUAUACUGGGCUACAAUUCGCACCGUGCUUUGCCAGCAUUGACCAAAAGAAACGGGACCAGCCCUUUUCCAACAGUUAAAUUACAUGGAGAAUUGCGAAAUAUUGGCUAAGAAAUUGCACACUUCUUAGUCAAAAUGACCAAUCGCAUAAAACAAAUCUCAAACUUCACCAGGGUUCCCGCUGACAAUUUACUGCUAAGUGAACAACCCUGUUAGAAUUGUACAAAUAUUUUGCACCUCUUGAUUAUAAUAAACUAAACCAGGACAAAUGUUGGCUUCUUAUUUUCAACCCAUGUGAAGCUUUCUAAUUAAUAAGGAUACACAUUAUACAACGGUUACAGUAUUUCCCACUGAUUAUGCUUGUUUUUUGCUUUAGUAUAUCAAUUACCCUUUAUAAUGCAAUUGUCAUUAUUGUUUCAUUACAUUGUUAUUGGAGUGCAAACAAAGAACAUUUAAGAUGUAGUUUGGUGAUCAAUGUUUGUAUGUGUCAUAGAAAUAAAACGCUAUUAAGUCUA